AUGAGCCAGAGCAGCAACAGAAGCGGAGACCUCUCUCCUUCCUUAACGCUUCGGCCUUCCCUCUCCUUCCUCGUCGGUGACGGGGCGAGCAACAGCAGCCAUCCGCCAUGGCCUUCUCUCUCCUUCCUGAACAGCGACGAGCGCCUCCCUCCUCAAUGGCGACGGGUCGGAGUAGUUGGGAUAAUCGAGGGAAAGGAAGGGGGCGAUUUCCGUUUGGAACAACGACGAUGGUGA